CACUAUGCAUUUUGUUCAAUUGGUUGGUAUCCUUUCUGUUGUUGUUGCCUUGGUUCAUGCUGCUCCUGCAGUUGAUAAACGUGAUAUUGAUUUAGGUGUGGGUGCUGAUAUUGAUUUGGACAUUGGUGCUAAUAUUAACAUUGGUCUUGGUGAUAAGGAUCAUGAUGAACAUCGCUACAAACGUGAUCUCAAUUUAGGUGUUGGUGCUGAUAUCAAUUUGGGUGUUGGUGCUAAUAUUAAUGUGGAUCAUGAUGAACACCGUCACCAUGCUUCUACAAAUAACCGUGUUAACAGUGAAAAAGAUUCUUCUGUUGUUGUCUUGGUCAACUCUAAUAACCAAUCUUAAUAACGCAGUUUUACAAAAAAAAAAGAUACACUUUUUUCUCUUUCUUUCUUUUAAAAGCUUGUCUUUUUGUGUUAAUAAAUAUUUCAG